AUGAUAAUGCUCUUAAAAUAUCUAAGUUAUUUUAAUAUAUAAUAAAGAACUUUGUAAAUGCUGUCUAAAUAAAUUUCCAAAAUAUCUAAAACAGUCAAAAAAAAGAAAUUCACUUUUACAAAAACAACAAAAAACAUAAAGGAUUAGAAAAAAGAAUCUGAAUAUGUUCUUUUGCCAAAAUGGUCUAUAAAAUAACUAGAGACAUGUUAUGCUAUCGCAAUUAAUAAUAUUAACACACUUUGCAUAGUUGCAAUGUGUUCAAUUAUCAAAAUAAUCCAAUUACCAUAUAUUUAGAGCAAAUCAAAUUAUGAGUUACUCGAAAACAAACCCGAAUGUAUUUAACUACAAAUUCUGGAAGGAAUACACACAAACAUAGUAAGUACUUUAAAUUUUAUGUAAAAUACUGAGAAUUAUGAUAAAUUUAUCUCUGGUUCAUUUGAUGGAAGAAUCGUUAUAUGGUCACCACACAAAUUAGUGGAGAGUCAGAUUCAACAAAAAUAAUGGAGUGCUUAAUUUAUUUUGUUAGGGCAUGCUUCUUAUGUGAACUGUUUAAUUUUGUAAAAUGAUGAAAGUUUUAUCUCUGGGAGUAGCGAUAAAACUAUUAAAGUGUGGAAAUAUCAUAAAAUGAAAAAUGAAUGGUCAUGUACACAAACCAUUUGUGAGCAUACUGAUAUAGUUUUAGGAUUAUCUAUUAGUGAAGAUAAUAAACAAUUAAUAUCUUGCGGAGGAGAAAAAAAAAUAAUAAUAAUGAAAUCUACAUCCAACGGCAAAUUUUAAUUAUGUCAGAAGAUUUAAGUAGAUGUAGGAGGUUCCAGAAUAAUAUUCAUUACAAAUGAAUUGUUUAUGUUCCUUUAAGAGUCAUCAACUCAUCUUCAUAUUUAUAAAGCCACAAGAAAAGGCAUUUAUGAGAGGUAUUAAGAAUUUCCAGUUUCAGGAGGAGAACAAAACUGUGAUUAUUAUUUUCCGGCUUUAUACAUCAAACCAUAGAAUCUUUUGGUUCUAAAAAAUGGGAGAUGUGUAAAUUUAAUUAAUAUUUCUAUUAAUCUUAACAAUUUAGGCUAAUUAAUAUAAUGCAAUUUAGAAUAAGUUAUUAUGUUUGGAAAACUUGAAGUCUUAGGAACUUAUGGAACCAUGAGUAAUAAUGGCAAGUUAUUGGUGACAUGGAACUCGACUUCUAACUAAAUAUAAUUUAGAAUAUUAAAAUAUUGGAAUGAAAAAAAUCAAAAUAUUUGA